CCCGCCUCCCGCCCGCCCGCGCUCCCAGUUCCCUCCCCUCCGGUUCCCCAGUCCGCACCUCCCUUCUCCACUCCCCUCACCCCCACUCCCUCCUCCGCCCUAAUAAAACACCCACCAGCUCACUUGUUAAGACCCCCUUAAGUUGGAGGAGGCAGAAAGGCAACAACCGCGAGGAAGAAGUCAAGACGUCUGGAAAGAAUUACCCAGUCCUGGCUUCCAGCAGCCCAUUGAACCAGGGACUUGAACCAGCCCCAGCCAAAGACUUUCUCCCGAUUCUACGCUUCCUGGGUUCUGCUGAGUUUUCACCAGGACUUUUUUUUUUUUUUUUUUUUGAUACAAAAAAGAGAAGAGACUUUCUGAUAUUAGGGGAGGGGAACUGGAGCAAAAGAAUAAAAUAAAGUUAACUUAUUUUUUAAAGCACAGACAAAAUUUUCUUUUGAGUUAGAAGACUUAAGUGCAUGGAAAUAUGAAAUAAUAGUGAUUUUUUUUAAGUGGGGGAGACCUAAGCAUUUAAGAUUCCCCCAUCCUUUUUAAAUGUUGUUUUUAAAUUUUUUAUUUUUUUUGGCCGGUCGUCUCAAAUUCAUCUGAUCUCCUAUUACCUCAGUUUUGGAAAUUGCCCGCCACCGACCCUCCGGGACCACACAGACAGGCUGAGGACAACUUUAUGACCAAGAGCUGAACAAGAUGCAUUGUGAGAGGUUUCUAUGUAUCCUGAGAAUCAUUGGAACCACACUUUUUGGAGUGUCUCUCCUCCUUGGAAUCACAGCUGCUUAUAUUGUUGGCUACCAAUUUAUCCAAACAGAUAAUUAUUAUUUCUCUUUUGGACUGUAUGGUGCCUUUUUAGCAUCACACCUCAUCAUCCAAAGCCUGUUUGCCUUUCUGGAGCACCGAAAAAUGAAAAAAUCUCUAGAAACCCCCAUUAAGUUGAACAAAACUGUUGCUCUUUGCAUUGCUGCCUAUCAAGAAGAUCCAGACUACUUACGGAAAUGUUUGCAAUCUGUGAAAAGGCUAACGUACCCUGGAAUUAAAGUCGUCAUGGUCAUAGACGGGAACUCGGAAGAUGACCUGUACAUGAUGGACAUCUUCAGUGAAGUCAUGGGCAGGGACAAAUCAGCCACUUACAUCUGGAAGAACAACUUCCACGAGAAGGGUCCUGGUGAGACGGAGGAGUCACAUAAAGAAAGCUCACAGCAUGUCACCCAGUUGGUCUUGUCCAACAAAAGUAUCUGCAUCAUGCAGAAAUGGGGUGGCAAAAGAGAAGUCAUGUACACGGCCUUCAGAGCCCUGGGCCGGAGUGUGGAUUAUGUGCAGGUUUGUGAUUCAGACACCAUGCUUGACCCUGCCUCAUCUGUCGAGAUGGUAAAAGUUUUAGAAGAAGACCCCAUGGUUGGAGGUGUCGGCGGAGAUGUCCAGAUUUUAAACAAGUAUGAUUCCUGGAUCUCCUUCCUCAGCAGUGUGAGAUACUGGAUGGCUUUUAACAUAGAAAGGGCCUGUCAGUCUUAUUUUGGAUGUGUCCAAUGCAUUAGUGGACCUCUGGGGAUGUACAGAAACUCCUUACUGCAUGAAUUUGUGGAAGACUGGUACAAUCAAGAAUUUAUGGGCAGCCAAUGUAGUUUUGGAGACGACAGGCAUCUAACAAACCGAGUGCUGAGUCUGGGCUAUGCAACAAAAUACACAGCUCGGUCCAAGUGCCUUACCGAAACACCUAUAGAAUAUCUCAGAUGGUUAAACCAGCAGACCCGUUGGAGCAAGUCGUACUUCCGAGAGUGGCUGUACAAUGCGAUGUGGUUUCAUAAACAUCACUUGUGGAUGACCUAUGAAGCAGUUAUCACUGGGUUCUUCCCUUUCUUUCUCAUUGCCACAGUCAUCCAGCUCUUCUACAGGGGUAAAAUUUGGAACAUCCUCCUCUUCUUGUUAACUGUCCAGUUAGUAGGUCUCAUAAAAUCAUCUUUUGCCAGCUGCCUUAGAGGAAAUAUCGUCAUGGUCUUCAUGUCCCUCUACUCAGUGUUAUACAUGUCAAGUUUACUUCCUGCCAAGAUGUUUGCAAUCGCAACGAUAAACAAAGCUGGGUGGGGCACAUCUGGAAGGAAAACCAUUGUUGUUAAUUUCAUAGGACUCAUUCCAGUAUCGGUUUGGUUUACAAUCCUCCUUGGUGGUGUGAUUUUCACCAUUUAUAAGGAAUCUAAAAAGCCAUUCUCAGAAUCCAAGCAGACAGUUUUAAUUGUUGGAACGUUGCUCUAUGCAUGCUAUUGGGUCAUGCUUUUGACACUGUAUGUGGUUCUCAUCAAUAAAUGUGGCCGGCGGAAGAAGGGACAACAGUAUGACAUGGUGCUUGAUGUAUGAUCUUACGUUGUUUGAUGUUUGCAGUCACAAAUGCAGACACACACAAAACCUUAGUUCCUCUAGGGACUGCACAGUAUUGUGGCAUCAGAUAAUGCCACCAAAGGAGACAUAUCACUGCUGCUGGGACUUGAACAAAGACAUUUGUAUGGGUUAAUUGUAAUUCUGCCAAAGUAAAAUGAUACAUCCAGAAGAAGAACUCAGAUUUAACGUGUUAUUUCUAUGAAAAUGGGGAAGAAUUCUUUGUUUAUGCACUUUUUCCUUACUGUACAUCCGCCUAACAGUGUUUUGCCCUAUAUACCUCACUAGUCACGCUUUAUGUGGGUUAUCAUGGAAGAAAAGGAUUUUGGAAACUCAAGGAAAAGUUCUUUCAACAUAUACAACCUAACUUAUGGACUGUAUUGAUAGUUAAUUUUUUUUUUUUAGAAAGGUUUUUCUGUUUAACUCUACCAAAUGAAAUGCCAAAGUAAAUUUUACAAGCUGUUGGCUGUGCUGUAUUUUUAUAUAAUUGUACUGUGUUUUAAAAUUUUGUAUGCCAAUUUUAAGACAAAUUUUACAUAUUUUAUAUUUUACUUUUCUGCCAAAAUACACCUGUUCUUCCUCUCUUUUUUAAUAAAAUAGGUUCUGAAAAAAUUCAUACUUAAAAAAGUCCUACCCAAAAUGUGAAGCUUGGUUGACUGAUGUUCAUGAUAGAAAGAAUAAAAUGUUUCUCUCUCUCUCCCUUUA